AUGAUCAAAGGGAUGCAGCAGAACAGAUUGGUUGUUUCUGUAUUUGGAAAUGACACAAAUGCAAGCUUUGACCCUGUACUUCUGGAUGACUCCGAAUUCUAUCAACAAUUACUCAAGGAGUUCCUUGAGACAAUAAAUCCAGCAUCAUCUGAGACAACCCUUUAUGCUAUGAAGAGAUUGCAAAGUAAGAAACGAAAAAUUGUUGACCGGCGUGCCUCAAAGAGUCGCAAGCUCCGGUAUCAUAUUCAUGAAAAGAUCGUCAAUUUUGUGGCACCUCGGUCCAUGAAACUUCCUCCCGAUGCAUCUAUGAUAUUUCAAAAUUUGUUUGGCCUCAGAACCCAGAAAUCUGCUUCAGUGGUAUAG